CAAGACAUGCAUAAUUGACUGGCAGUGCGAGAGCGACUGGAGGGCCGUUUUCAGAUCGGAUUAAAAAGACGCGGAUAAGUCCAUGGCGCACAGAGGAAGGGUCCGCCCGGCCAAACUGUGCCGCACCAUGUGAGGAGCAGCAGCCGGGCUCUCAGAUGGACGGCACCGUGGUGGCGGCGGCGGCGGCGCUGGACCCCCCCAAGCCCCAGAAGCGGGUGAGAUUCCGCGUGGCCUCGGGGAGCAGCGGCCGGGUCCUGAAGGAGAUCUUCAAGGACGAGGGGCCCUGCGACUCCCUGGACUCGGACUGCGCCAGUAGCUCGGACGCGGAGCGCGCCAGCACGCCGUCCACCAGCGGGGACGGAACCCCCUACGGCGGGUACUUGGGAUCCGAGCUGGACGACAGCGAGGGCGAGCCCGACGAGCUGCUGGUGUACGCCGGGGCCACCAGGGACUGGACCUUCACCUCCAAGAGGGUCAACAUACUCAGCAAAAAUGGGACUGUGAGGGGCGUCAAGCACAAAGUCAGCGCAGGUCAGACGCUCUUUGAGAACCUGCCCAGGAACACAGUGGAGUUGUUGCUGGAAUUUGGGCGCAUUGUGAUCUACACCACCAGCUUCCGCGUGGUCAGAACCACUUUUGAGCGCUGCGAGCUGGUGCGGAAGAUCUUCCAGAACCACAUGUUGAAGUUUGUGGAGAAAAACAUCGCCCUGGACGGCGAGUACGGCAAGGAGCUGGAAGAGCGCUGCAAGCGAGUGGGAGAGCCUCCAUCGCUGCCGGUGGUCUUCAUAGACGGACACUACCUCGGGGUCAGCACUACUUGCUCUGUGGGAGCUGAAAAGAUUCUGGACAUGAACGAAUCAGGAGAGCUGCAGGACCUUCUAACAAAAAUUGAGCGGGUGCAGCACCCCCAGACGUGCCAGAUCUGCGGGGGCUUCGCCUUCAUCCCUUGCCCAACGUGCCAUGGCAGCAAGAUGUCCGUGUUCCGCAACUGCUUCACGGACUCCUUCAAAGCCCUCAAGUGCACUUCCUGCAACGAGAACGGACUGCGGCCUUGUGGGAGCUGCAGCCAGUGAGCAUGUCAAGUGCCUGAUCCCUCUCCACCACCACCACCACAACUCUCGCUUUUCUUCCGGGACUCUCUCCAUCCUCCACGGCCAUUUGUCAUAAACUAAAAAGGCAAAAAUUUGUAAUAAAACAUUUUGUGC